AUUAUUUCUAACCUAACUUACGGUUGUCAAAGUCAAAAUUUUCGAAGAAAUUAUUUUAAAACCUGAAUUUUUGUUUAAAUAACAUGGCAAGACAACGUAAAAACUUGCCGGAAAGCAGUAAAGAAACAAAGAGUAGAAAUAGCAGUAGUAGCAAUGGAAGUAGUUCUCCAAACACAAAAAUCCCGAGGCAGAAAAACGUCUUUCACUUCUGGAAGCAAUUAGUUCUAGUUAUAGUUUUAGGUGUUGCUAUAAUUUUCGGUUAUAUGGGUUACUUAGAAACUAGAGUAAACACCCCUUUCGAUAAUAAAAAGGUGGUAGCUAGGACAGGCCUAAAUGUACCCGAACAAUUUUGGGGUUCUUACAGGCCUGGAGUAUACUUUGGCCUGAAAACCAGGCAUCCACAUUCCAUGGUAACAGGUCUAAUGUGGUAUUUUCCAAAGAGAUUACGACCAGGAGGUGAUGGUAUCAGACACUGGUGUGAACAAGGAGAUAAUUUAAGUAAAUAUGGCUGGUUGCAACAUGAUGGAAGCAGUUUUGGUGUUCAGGAUAUAGAGGAUGGUCCUUUUAUAUUGACCACAUCCUUUGUAAAAAAUCCAGGAGGCCAAAAUGGUGGUGAAUGGACUGCAAGAAUAUCUGUGGAUGUUAUUAAUAAGUAUAAGGACAUGAUAGAUCCAACAGAACAAGUGUCUAUAAUAUGGUACGCUGCUCUGGAUGCAGAAACAGAAGGCUUCAUAGCUCCCACGAACUCAGCAACAGAAGUCACAGGCAUAAGAGGAGAAACUUCGAGUUUGGGGGAGUUUAAAAUGAAACUUUUCCCACAAACAGGCGAAAUUGAUCACGAAUCAUUUUUGAGCACUGUAUCUCCUGGACUUAACCUAUUAAAAGAAACUGUGAUAUCAGCUUUAAGACUUGCUCAAGACAAUCCAAAAGGUCCCAGAAAAAUAAUUUUAGGUGGACAAAUCAACCCUGUAGGAGUUGAAAGAAAAGAUCCAAAUUUUGUAGCAAUACAAGUCACAGCUAAACUACCGUUUAGUAUAGAUGUAGUCUUUGAAUCUAAGACAGUAGUCAAUAGAAAAGAUAAGUUAGUUGGAGAGUUAUAUUCAGAAUCCUUAGAAUGGCAUCAAAGUAGAUUUAACCAAAGGUUUGAGGACACUUUUGCAUUAAAAUCAAAAGGUUAUAACCAGAAACAAAUUAAUUUCGCGCAAGCAGCACUAAGCAAUAUGAUUGGCGGCAUAGGGUACUUCUAUGGCGCCUCAAAGGUACAAAGUUUCUAUACUAAAGAACCCAUAAACUACUGGAGGGCACCACUGUAUACAGCAGUACCAUCAAGGAGUUUCUUCCCAAGAGGUUUUCUAUGGGAUGAAGGCUUCCAUGGACUCUUAAUUUCUCAAUGGGACCUGGAUAUAGAGCUGGACAUUAUUGGUCAUUGGUUUGACUUGAUUAAUGUGGAAGGUUGGAUACCAAGGGAGCAGAUUUUAGGCUUGGAGGCUGUAGCGAAAGUACCUGCCGAGUUUGUGGUACAAUGGAAUACGAACGCGAACCCUCCAACGUUUUUCUUGACCUUACAGUAUAUUUUGGAUAAGUAUGAGGAAGAUUUUACUAACGAGAGGUUGGCAAUGCUUGAAAGACUGUAUCCUAGACUGCAAGCUUGGUUCCAGUGGUUCAAUAAUACACAAAUUGGACCUGUGGCGGGUUCAUAUAGGUGGAGAGGUCGCGAUCCUUUAACGGAUAGAGAAUUGAACCCAAAAACGCUCACAUCGGGUUUAGAUGAUUUCCCUAGAGCUUCACAUCCGACUGAACUUGAAAGACAUAUUGAUUUGUACUGUUGGAUGGCUGUAGCCUCCAGUACUAUGGCGCGUUUAGGGAUAAUUUUAGGACGAGAAUCGUUCUUAAAGUACCAGCAAACUGCUGAUUAUCUGUACAACAAUGAGCUGAUGGAUAACUUGCAUUGGUCUAACUUUUCGGAGAGAUACGCCGAUUACGGACUUCAUACAGACUCUGUGAAAUUAGUACGACCCAAAUCACUGCCCAGACAACAAAACCAGAACCUCGAAAUGAUCAGAACCGUCUCAAAACAACCGGAAUACCGCUUGGUAGACUCCACGUUCGGAUACGUCAACGUCUUUCCAUUUUUACUGCAAAUUUUAGAACCAAACUCACCAAAACUCGGCAAAAUACUGACGGACAUCCGCGAUCCUAACCUCAUCUGGACCGACUACGGACUCAGAUCGCUGUCAAAAAAUUCGCCGCUUUACAUGAAAAGGAACACUGAACACGAUCCGCCAUAUUGGAGGGGUCAAAUAUGGGUGAACAUCAAUUUUUUGGCCGUCAAAGCUUUGGCCCACUAUUCGAAAACCGAAGGGGCGUAUCAGGAUCAAGCGAAAAAAGUUUAUGAAGAACUCAGGAAGAAUGUGGUGGACAAUGUGAUAAGACAGUACUACAAAACGGGGUACAUUUGGGAGCAGUACAAUGAUAAAACAGGGGAGGGUAGUGGGUGUAGGCCUUUUACAGGGUGGACAGCCCUGAGCGUUGUGAUGAUGAGUGAACAUUUCUAGGAAAAAAAUCAAAACAGGGAUGGGCGUG